UGGAUUUGUCUCCGGAGAUCCACCGGUUAUCCCCUCCGCAUUGAGGCUCCCCAUCUCUCACCCUGACCAGGACCGUCCCUGUUGGCAUUGACACCUCAAGGCAUUGCCACGGAGGGCAAAAUACACGAUUUUUAAACGUUCAAACGUUACGGGAAAACCUCCCCAUUCCCCCCGCUCCAGAGAAGAGGGAUGGACGCUUUAGCAACGAACCCUCCACCGAUGUCUCCUCCUGUGAGCGGCAUUGACUCUAAAGAGCAUCCUUCAAGGACGUGCAGCAUGGCUCGGCUCUCACAGCCCGCGCCCGACUUCUCGUGCCGGGCCCUCAUGCAGGACCUCGCCUUCGGCUCCGUGAGCCUCGCCCAGCACCGCGGCCGCUACGUGCUGCUACUCUUCUACCCGCUCGACUUCUCCUUCGUGUGCCCCACGGAACUGGUGGAGUUCAGCGAGCGGGCGGGAGAGUUCUGCGCCGCCGGCUGCGACGUCGUCGCCUCUUCGUGCGACUCGCUCUACGCUCACUUCGCUUGGGUGAACACCCCCCGCAAGGCUGCGGGGCUGGGCCGCGUGAAUUUCCCCAUCCUGGCCGACUGCACGGGAGCCGUGGCACGAGCUUACGGCGCCUACGACGAGGAAGCGGGGCACGCGUACAGGGCCCUGUUCCUGGUGGACCCUAAGGGCCUAGUACGUCACAUGACCGUGUGCGACCUUCCCAUUGGUCGCUCCGUGGACGAGGCGCUGCGCCAACUGCACGCGGUGCAGUUCGUGGACAAGCACGGCGACUUCUGCCCUACAGGAUGGAAGCCCGGAGGAAAGCACAUUAAGAAUGACAUGAAAAAAGGUCUGGAGUUCUUCAGCGAUGAAGCACCCUCUUCCACAUCAUCACCAUCGGUGUAAGUGAGGUGUUGAGGAUCAGGAAUGAGUGGUCGUGCGCUGCUAGUAGUGUAAUGACGACGUGACACACUUCUCUUGAGAUGGCACUUUAUUGAAGACGCGUCCGCUUGAUAUCAGGCGGAGAUUCCCACCGCAACAGCCCCGAGUCUCCCUGCAUCUCCCCCUUAUAUACCAAGACACGAGGCCAAGACUCCCUUCUACAUCAUUCUCGCUGACUCUGGACACUCGCUCCACCGGCAGACUCUACCGCUCUCUUCCGUCGCCUGAUGGAAGAGAACGCUCCCUUCUCGAACAUGCCUGUGGCCACCAGUCCCUUCGCACUCACAGUUGACUCCCCUGUCAUUACCUCCCGUGGCCACCAGUCCCUUCACACUC